AUGGCACCAAAAGCAAGAGAAGAGUUAGUAGUACCAUAUAGACAUGUUCCAGCAAAAGCAAGAAAAGAUGCGGGAAGUUUAAUAUCACAAUCAUUACCAAUGGCUGCAAUGUUUAUGAAAAAUAAAAUGUUAUCAUGGGCAGCAUUAUUUUUAUCAAUACAAACUUAUUUAAAUGAACCAAUUAAUAAAGUAGAAGAAGAUGGAUCACAACCUCCAUUGUUAAAGGUUGUAUUUGCUUUAGUCGCGGUAUUAACCUGUUAUAUUGAUAUUAUUUUCCCACAAACCAAUCCCUCAAUAAAAAAGGCAGCUGAUGUUGCAACUGAAAUUACUUCAACUAUUGUAUCUACUGCUACUUCAUAA